AUGGAGAGCGAGCGCGACAUGUACCGCCAGUUCCAGGACUGGUGCCUUAGGACUUACGGGGACUCAGGCAAGACCAAAACGGUGACCCGUAAGAAAUACGAGCGGAUUGUCCAGCUUCUCAACGGCUCAGAGUCAAGCUCCACCGACAAUGCCAAAUUUAAAUUCUGGGUCAAAUCGAAGGGUUUCCAGCUGGGCCAACCGGAUGAGGUCCGUGGGGGAGGCGGCGGCGCCAAGCAAGUGCUCUUCGUGCGGGUCAAAACCACGGAUGGCGUAGGAGUUGAUGAGAAGCUGUCUUUACGGCGAGUGGCUGUGGUCGAGGACUUCUUUGACAUCAUCUAUUCCAUGCAUGUGGAGACAGGGCCGAAUGGAGAGCAAAUCCGGAAACACGCUGGACAGAAGAGAACUUACAAAGCAGUAAGUCAUCCUCCCUUGGGCUUUUCUUCCUAUUUAUUUUUUUUUUUUUUUUUUUUUUUUUUUUUUGUAACAAUUUCAGAGAGCUACGCCUUCCUACCAAGAGAAGCAGUGACACGGUUUCUAAUGAGCUGUUCCGAAUGCCAGAAAAGAAUGCAUUUGAACCCAGAUGGACCCGAUCACAAAGAUAAUGGAAAGCCCCCUACACUGGUGACCAGCAUGAUCGACUACAACAUGCCCAUCACCAUGGCGUACAUGAAGCACAUGAAACUGCAGCUGCUAAACUCACAGCAAGAUGAGGAUGAAAGCUCAAUAGAAAGUGAUGAGUUUGACAUGAGUGACUCAACACGGAUGUCAGCUGUGAACUCUGACCUUAGCUCCAAUCUGGAAGAGAGAAUGCAAAGUCCCCAGACUCUCCAUGGCCAGCAAGAUGAUGAUUCUGCUGCAGAGAGCUCUAAUGGCAAUGAGACUCUGGGGCACAGCUCAGUUGCUUCAGGGGGAGCACAUGGAGGGGAGCCUGGGGACUCCAGCAUUGAUGGCAAAACUGGGCUGGAGCAGGAAGAGCAGCCACUGAACCUGAGUGACAGCCCCCGCUCUGCACAGCUGACUUCAGAAUACAGGGUAGAUGACCAAGGCAGUGAUGGGAAAAACAAGUAUAAAAAUCUUCUAAUCUCUGACCUCAAGAUGGAACGAGAAGCGAGAGAAAAUGGAAGCAAGUCUCCAGCACACAGCUACUCCAGCUAUGACUCUGGCAAAAAUGAGAGUGUUGAUCGUGGUGCAGAGGAUCUGUCACUCAACAGGGGAGAUGAAGAUGAAGAUGAACACGAUGAACAUGAGGAUUCGGAGAAGGUGAACGAGACAGAUGGUGUGGAAGCUGAGCGGCUGAAAGCUUUCAAUAUGUUUGUCAGGCUGUUUGUAGAUGAAAACUUGGACCGAAUGGUCCCAAUCUCUAAGCAGCCCAAAGAAAAGAUCCAGGCUAUCAUUGACUCAUGCAGGCGACAAUUCCCUGAGUAUCAAGAGCGUGCCAGAAAACGUAUCCGUACUUACCUCAAGUCCUGCAGGCGGAUGAAAAGAAGUGGUUUUGAGAUGUCUCGACCUAUUCCUUCCCACCUUACUUCAGCAGUUGCAGAGAGUAUCUUGGCUUCAGCCUGUGAAAGCGAGAGUAGAAAUGCUGCCAAGAGGAUGCGUCUGGAUAAAGCACAGGACGACGCUACUUCUGCUGACAAACAGUGCAAGCCCGAGGCAGCCCAGGCCACCUACUCAACGUCUACUGUCCCAGGCUCCCAGGAGGUGUUGUACAUCAAUGGCAAUGGGACCUACAGUUACCAUAGUUACCGAGGGCUAGGAGGGCUGCUAAGCCUGGAGGACACUUCCAGUAGUGGACCUACAGAUCUGAGCAUGAAGAGGCAGCUGGCGACUGGCCCAGGACCCUCCAGCAGUUCAAACUCCAGACCUCAGCUCAGCCCAACGGAAAUCAACGCUGUGAGACAGCUUGUCGCUGGGUAUCGAGAAUCAGCUGCAUUUUUAUUGCGUUCCGCAGAUGAACUGGAAAAUCUCAUUUUACAACAGAACUGA